UUGAAUCUCGCAAUACAUUUAUUAUAUUUGCGAUUCAGGUGGACCACAUGGCCAUUUAUAUUUUGCCCUGUCUGCAAGAGAUUAACAUACCAUUGCUUUUCUUUCGCUCCAGAACGAUCGAGCAACCAUUGACUUCAGCAGUGUGCUGAACAACCCGGCCAUCAAUUGCGCUGGACCCUUCACUAACAACACCAUCGAGAUCACCUUCACUGCGUUACUGAUCAACAACCCUUCCUACACCAACACUGCAGCCAACGUCACCGUCGGAGCCACGUACGCGGGGGGAAACGUGUGGCUAGCGAUGAUGUCCUACAACUACGAUAUGACUGCGAAUUACUCAUACCCCAGCAACAUAACGCUGAACGGCCCCAACACGGCUGCCGCAUACUCAGGAGCCACCUUCACUAUAGACGCCACCAUCACAGACCCCAUGGGGCCUUUUACCUUGGAAGUCAACACUCCAAAUAUGAUUUAUAACAAAUUCACGGUGUCGAACUUGGCGAUCGUGAGCGUGGGUGCCAACCUUGGCUGCGCCGGAACCCCAGUGCCCGAGUAUGAGUACUUCUACUCUGUAGACAAGAGGACCUACCAUCGAGGCGUUGCAAAAUUCGACUACGUCUUGACGGGACUCGUGUACCCUGAUCUUGUCGCUGAACUGAACGAUCCUGGCAAUAAAAUUCAGCUGGGUUUCACGGUGUUCUUCGUGGACGUCGCCGAGACCGAGAAUGUGACCGUGGGCGCUGGCAUCACCAUCGGCAACAGCACCUUGUGGACCUCCCUCAUCAACGUCACCAUGGGAGCGCCCAUCACUGUACCCAACACCGACUGCUGCUACACCACAGCGUCACGCCCUGAUCUUGUCGCUGAACUGAACGAUCCUGGCAAUAAAAUUCAGCUGGGUUUCACGGUGUUCUUCGUGGACGUCGCCCCGGCCGAGAUAGUGACGGUGGGCGCUGGCAUCACCAUCGGCACCAGCACCUUGUGGACCUCCCUCAUCAACGUCACCAUGGGAGCGCCCACCACUGCACCCAACACGGCCGGGACAGCAACUUUUGCUGCUCCAUACAUCGUGGGCGGCAACGGGUCAGUCGCUCAGUACGGAGUUGUCACAUACGCUGUGCCCAUCUCCAUCACGAGCGGCAAGGGCGUCAAAGUCACGUGCACCGCCGCGCCGCCCGCUGACCACAAAAUUACUGGCAUCAUGUGGGGCAACGCGGGGGCUAACAUCGCACUUCGCCCCAACCUGAGCGAGGGGAUGGUGUGGGACGACACGAUGGGCGUCACAUCUUGGACAUUUUAUAUCAACUCUACAGGACAAAUUACGAGCAGUGUUCCUGCUGACACAGUGGUUCUUGAAGUGUCGGUGCAAUAUUUGGGAUCUACCGCGAGACUUGACGUAACUUUGUCCUGCGGGUCAAAGGUCAUACUGACGGGAGCUACAGUAGCGGCAGGAGGAACGGCAGAUGUUUCCGUCACUAUGGACCCGAUCUAUCCACUUGACAUAACUUGGUUCAAAGGAGAUCAGCAGGCAUUGCUGGUCAAACUCACCUUUCCACCGGGAGGCAAGGCCUACUCCAACAUGACCAUCGAGACAUCAGGCGACUUCGACGUUACGGCAUUUGGAGCACAAAUCUGCAAACUGGAGAUCUUGCGUUCAGGAUUUGGAGUGCCCACUCUUGGAGGCCGAAUGGACCUUUUAAAUAAGGCCGUUAAUUUCUUCGAAAUUUCUGCCUCCUCACUCUACAACGACGGAGGCAAGAUGUUGGUGGGUGCCAUCGCUGGGGUGAACCGCGGAACUGCGGCCGCUGCUGGGGACAACGACGUCGUCCUCAGGAUGACGUACUUCCUCCCCAAGAACCAAACUACCAUCACAAGUUUAACUUACAACUUGAGCAUGGGAAUGCUGCUCGACUCUAACUUUGUAUGGGCCGGCAUGCUUGGCUUCAAAACAAGCGCAGCGGCCCCCACGGUCGCGGCAAGAAUCAUUUCGAAAAUGAUUCCUCCUGUGCUGACGACUUACCAAGUUGGUCAGCCUAUCCUGGUCAAGUUCUACCUGAAGAUGGCCCCAGGUAGCGUGGACAAGAUCUCGCUAGUCGUCCGUAUGGCCAGUAACAGUACGGCGGUGCUGUCACUCUGCCGCAUUGUCAUCCUGGCCAUUGGGAGCAGUUAUCCGUGCCUGGACCCUGACCCGUACGGUAAAGAGCUCACCAACUUUGCUCAGCCGAACACAAUCAUCCACGACCCUGUCACCUGGGGACUCAAAGCCACCGUAGAUUUCGGAGUACUACGCAACGUCGGCUACCAAGCGUUCUACGCUAGCGAGUUAGCCGACAGUGAUGCCAUCGUGUUAGGUGUGUUGGUCAAAGGGUUGGUCGUAGGAACUGAUAAUGUGACUAUCGACCGAAUCAGCCUCGGCGGGAAAACAUCUUUCAACACUAGUCUGACCAUCGCUGCAGCACUAUCGCCCGCGAACACCUUGACCGCGGCUCACUGGGUACCUUUGGACGGAACAGCCGUCGCCUACGAUGGCGUAAUGAAAAUAAUCGACCUGGUCUUGGAUGUGCCUGUUGGGUAUCGACAGCCUCUCAUUGUUAAAAUCAGCAACGACAAUUCACUCAACAUGGAGCUGUGCUUCGCUGUUGUCGCUGCAGUGGGAAAGAACGUGCCGUGUGUAAUCCCCCAUAUGAUCGUCCCGGUUGUGGCAGUGAAGGCCGCAGGGGAGGAACAUACCCUGAACCUCAUGGAAACGUGUUACUACGAUGUCGCCCCCGGUGACAAAAACGAGAGCACGAUUAGUGUCAUGGCUCCUAUGACCUUGGGACGAGCGUACGCUACCGUGCACAGCCUGCGCUGGGGCGCCAAGCAAGGCAAGAACAUCGGCUGUAUGCUCGACAUGAUCAACUACGACGUGAACUUGCUGCAGAACUCUUCGCUCUCCCAGCCAAUGAUACACACGUCUCAGACUGACACUUUGUUCGGCGACGUAAUCACUGCUGUCACCAAGAACCUACGCAUCGUUCGUUCUUCAGCACUGGACCUGGCUGUGCUCACGACGUAUUUGAACUUCACUGAAGUCCCAAGCUCUUUGAUCUUCAGCAAAGCUGCAAAUCCACAACUGAAAAUGACCUUCCGCGUGUCUCAUGUGAUGAAUUCUUCGCGACAAGAGUUGAACGGAGCAAUUGUUCGGGUGCUGCUACCGAAGCCAGUCGAGUUCGACAAUCUGACGGACACUUACAGUAGCAACAUCACCGCAAACUUCACCAACAACCACUAUCUGGACUUUGCUAUCUCGAACCUGUUCUUCACUGACUACCUGGAGAUGAACGUGACGGUGAGCAUCGACCCCUUCAAUACAAUGAUCAAAGGACUGGGACUGUUAGAUGCCGCUGCCUUGGUACGCAUCGUAUGUACCACGUUCGCGGAUGCGGUGCCCAAGUACUGCGGCACCACUGCCGUACUCCCCUUCCAGAUCGACGGCACAGAAUGUUCCGACGAUCUUGGCAUGGACAGCUUCCUGGACUGUCAGUUCUCAGCCUCAACCGCCAUCAGCGCAGAUACGGGUCCAGCGUAUGCGAAAAUUGCAGCAACUGGCUGGUCCCCGGUGGUGCGCUCGGGAUUCGGUUGGGGCCAUCACAUUACAAUAGAUUUCUUGCAGAAGACGCGCGUCACGAGAAUUACUUUCAGUUCGAGCUCCGUCAAAAUUACGCAGUUCAAAAUCCAAUAUUCAAACAAUGGAGACAAUUUCAUCUCACCUUGCGACACCGUGAUAUCGGUCACCACCGACGACACCCUCCUACCGCCAGCUUGUCGCUUCGAGGCUCGCUUCGGCCGCCUCAUCAUCGUCGACAGCACGCCCAGCGAUGAGGCCUUUGUAGUGAAAUUCAAAUGGUAUGGUUGCGCCUUGGAGACGGUAGCCGAUAUCUGCUCGUCUCUACCAACCACUUACUCAGAUUCGCCAGGCUGGCGACAAAUAUCACACGACACCGUAAAUCAAGUUUUCUACUACUGUGACUACAGCCCCCAAGACAAGCAAUCUCUCUGCUUCUCUUCCACCGAUGCCGGGGCAACCUGGAAUGAACUGCCGCCAUUCAUCAACGUCCUGAUUGGAGAACAAGACGGCAUUUUCUACGCAAGUGACGCUCAAGGAAUAUCGACGGUCUCCAGCACCGACGGAGUGAGCUGGUUUGUUACAGACGCAACUUUUGCCGCAGGCCUGAACAUCAUCGCUAAGAGUGUUCCCGGCAACGCUAACCCCUUCACUGCCGUGACCGAUGGAGAGAUGACUGCGGAUUUCACAGGCAUCAUGAGCGGAGGUGCCUACGUCAUCAAGUGGGAAAGAUGCUGCAGCUAAACUAUGCAAAUUAAUUAGUAGAGAUUCUGAUUUGUGGCAUGAACAUUCUUCAUUACAAAUUGUACUUAAGUUUUGGCAAUUAUAUUAUAUCUGCAGUGAUAGUAAUAGCUAAAAUAUAUGAAAUGUCUCAUGAACAAUAUCUCGAAUCAAAAUCUUCCACGUGAACGAUGCAUGAUAGAUUGACUUGGAUUACGCCCUUGAAAAAUAUCUUUAAAUCAUUAAUAAUAAUGGGGAAGAGUUGAUUACAACUAUACGCUUCUCAUCCCUAAAAGAUUUGAGCAUCUAGAUUAAAAAAUUCUAUUCAAUAUACGCUUGAUCCUGCUCUUCAAUAUUACUGUACGUCCCAGUAGAAAGUUUAAUAAAUUUGCUCUCGUGUGUCUGGAGCUUGUUAUGCACACCUCGAAACUUAAAACAGAAUAAUGGUAUUUAUGAAAAAAAGUAUUCUUUUUUAUAGCAUGAACCAACGUGGUUAACUACGCAAAAAUUCUUACGUAAUAAAUUUGGAGUGUAAAAGAAAUUCAAAGCGUAAAGAACUUCGUAUUUACUAAAGUUAUUCACCUUUCCCGAGCAUUUAUUGAUGCGCCGUAAUCACAGCACAUCAAUAGUUGUGUGACGUGACAUUCACCUUCGCCCGUUAAUUCUCAUUAUAUUCCUAUUAUUUUC